CGUCGGGCGCGCCUCCCUGGCUGCCACACUUUCACUCUCCGCAGCCGCUUCAGCUCAGCGUCUGGCUUUGGUCCUCCCACAGCCGCCAGCCCGUGCCAUGGAUGCCAAGAUCGUCGCCGUGCUGGCCCUGGUGCUGGCUGCGCUCUGCCUCAGCGACGGGAAGCCGGUCAGCCUGAGCUACAGAUGCCCUUGCCGAUUCUUCGAGAGCCACGUUGCAAGAGCCAACGUCAAGCAUCUCAAAAUCCUCAACACUCCAAACUGUGCCCUUCAGAUCGUGGCCAAGCUGAAGAACAACAACAGACAAGUGUGCAUCGACCCGAAACUGAAGUGGAUUCAGGAAUACCUGGAGAAAGCUUUAAACAAGAGGUUCAAGAUGUGAGAGGCGCAGGCUGGGUCAGCGCCCAGGAGGCCUCCCGGUGGGAGGCCGGGCGAAGCCAGUGUUAGAAAGGGCCCCUUGGUCUCCUGGCGCAGCUGGGCAGGGCCCAGUGCGCUCCCAGGGCUUGGUUUUGCACAAUUUACCUUACUUUCACCGUUUGAUUAUGUAGCAAAAUAUAUUCGGAUUUUUUUUUUCAUUUAGCUCAAUUAUCCAAUGUCACUGGUGACAAAUAGGAACUUAGAUAAAAACCAUUAUUUUCUGUGCAUUAUUGUAUCUGUAGCAUGGAGCCCCGGUCUGACUAGGGGUCCCUGAGUGUUGUAUGCCUCUGAGCUGCACAGGCUGGGACCCAGGCUGAGGGGCAGAACCACCAGGAGGGUCAGGACCCAUUUGCACAGGCAAACCCCAGUGAAGGCGGCCACAGGGGGCGGGAGGUAGGUUCUAAAGGGCCAGGCAGGGGCUUCCAGGCCAGGGCAGGGCCUCAUCCGCGCUCUCCUCUCCAUCUCAUCACGCUCUUCGCAUCAUCCUCUCUCUCAUCCAUCACCAUGUGCAUCUGAGACUGUCUGUGACCCGGGAAGGACUCUCAAGACUAAAGCUUUUGUUUAAACUGGGCCUCAAGAAACAAACCAAAGUGUAUUCUGUUACCAGGUCCUGGAAACGCUGUGCACAUCUGUGUCUACUUUGCAAUAUUGUCUGUUGUCUGAUCCUGUUUUCUUGUUCAAAGCCGUGUCCUCAGUGCUGCCUUGUCAGUUCCCCACAUGCAGAGGCUGAGGGAGAGGAGCUGCUGGGGGGCCUUGAGCCCGGCCCCUGGUUAGGGCUGCCAUGAUGCUGGUGGGGUGGCCUUGUUUUCCCCACUGAGCACAAAGCCGUGGCGGAUGGACAGAGCCCCAGGGAAGCCAGUGUGCAGCAGUGCUGACCUCCAAGGACGCGGACCCUCACAUUUCCAUAGGUGGGGAUAGCUCAGAGCUACAGAUAGUUGUGUCUUUAUUGGGUCAAGCCAGCAUUGUUUUGAGAAUAACAGAAAUAACAAGAAAAAAAUUGUUAUCUUGGUUUUGAAAACACAAUCCAUAAAAUACUUCAUCGUGGGUAUUGUUUUCCUGAUUAAAUCUGACCUCAUCUCUUCCCCAUCGGGCAGCCCAUCAUGCCUCACCUGCCUGUGGCCCUGGGCACCAUUGCGCCCGGGAGGCCCACCCCGGCCUCCCUCUUAGAUGGACGUGCGGGAAGUUGGCGAAGAGCCCUGCUGCUGCUGGAGAUGUUUCCCUUUGCUGAGGGCAUUUUGUGGAAUUACAUUAAACAACUUAAAAAUUUCACUUUUUAAAAAGGGAGGCACUGAGGGGGUUUUGCUUGUUUUGUUUUUUAUUUGGUCUCACUAAUACUUUUCCUCUUUGAUUGAAGAUCCAGUGAAGUUUUUAAAAUUAAGAAAGUGGAAAAAAAGAAGGCAAAACAAGGGAUGUAUCCAUUGACAGGCCCCUGCAAACAGCAUGCAGGAAGUACGUUACAGGGAAAUGAAUUUGAAUUGUAGGUGUUUGUAGAUUUAAUAAUCGUUGGAUUAUCAGGAACAGGUGUUAGGCAUUUCCAUAAGUAUUUCUUAAAAGUGAAUCUUCAUGCUACAAAGCCAUUCCAUCAACCAAACAGGUAUUCACCUCCUCCAAGCGGCUACCUUCUACUGGAAACAUACAGCAUGGGGGCCUUUAUCAGUUAUAAGGGAGACAGGACUGGUUUCUAAACCCUCUUUUAAAAUUAACCUGUCACUACAGGGCUCCUGAAUUAUACAUGAAAUUAUUAUUGCAUUUUCAGCAGGAGGCUCGUUUUCUAGGUAUUUAAAAACACUUCCAAGAUAGUUAAAAACUCCCAUGGAAAAUGUGGAAGCAUCUUCCCCGGAAUCCAUGAGCCAGAGCCACUACACCCCUAAGUCAGAGGAAAUAGGGCCCUAAAUCUUGACUGCAGUUUAAAAUAUAGAGUCAUUUCUGUGUCUCCUGACAGGAGGGGAAAUAGGUAAGAGUAGAAACUGCAAGGAAAAUUAUUUGUGUAACAACUUCUGUACCUGCAAUCUGCUCCUGAAAGGAGACGUUCCGCCUAAAGCACACACAUUUAAAUAGUCCCUUUGCAAAGGAAAGGCUCUCCCUCUUGCUUUCAAAACUCAAGUCAAGUGCAUCAGGUGAUCAGGGUCACCCAGCUGUUCCUCCAGGCCCAGCGCUGCCUCUACCUGACCUUCCCUCGGGCUCAGCAUAACCUCCAGGGCAGCCCUUCCCCGCCAGCCUCUGCAUCACGUGGGGUGAACUCUGGGGACUGGGGCUCCCUUGUGUGCUGUGUGUUGGAACCUGAAUCUGUGCCAUGUGUUGUUCGUACUGUUCUUUGUCCUGCUCUGGCCAGGUGCUGAGAACCCAGCGAGGAGCCUCAGAAGGAGCCCCUGCCUGUCUGAGCAGAGGGCCUGUGUAGCAAAGGCCGCUGCGCCCCUGGGCGUCCUGAGGGGGGUUCGAUGGCACCUUCCUUUUCUGAAUACUGCCUGGUGUGGCCACACGGGCCCCCUCACUGGGACUGCAUCGCCCUUCUCAGGGAUGUGCCCUUCUGCCGCUGGAUGAGAUUUGUGGUGUCCUCGCCCCUCCACACAUCUUCUCUGACCCUUUCUGAGGGAACCCACCCCGGGAACCACCCAUGUCCUCUCAGCAGACCACUGACAUAGCCGAGUUGACAAACCCCACAGGGAAGUCCUUAGUCCCCAACCUCGCUGGACUCUCAGCCCCUGAGCAGGGAUGGGUUCAGUGUUCAAUGUGAUAAAUACUGUAUCUUGUUUUGUUUAAAUUGCAUCUCCCAGAUAAUGUGAAAAUGGUCCAGGAGAAGGCAGCUUCCUGUCUGCAGUGUGCUUUCUUAAUAAGUAACAAUUCCUUUUGAGAAACAAUUUCUACUUUCAUAUCCAUGAAAAGAUGUACUGUAUAUGCACUUAUAAUUGUUCUAAUAAAGACAUGUACUCAAAAUGCAGCAGCCGA